UUUUUUUCCUGGAGUUCUCAAAUAAGCAGCUACGAUGGAUCCAUUCUUCAGCCUCAUCCUACUCUGUAUUGCUAUGCUGGUGGCAUCGUUCCUUGCAGGCAACGUCCCGCUCUCAUUUCAUCUUUCGGAGGAUCGCCUCAAGCUCAUCUCUAAUUUUGGUGUGGGUCUUCUUGUCGGAACCGCCUUGGUUGUCAUCAUUCCGGAAGGAGUUGAAACCCUCUACAGUACCCCACACACAGACUCAGCAGGAGUUGCACUUAAUACCAAUAAUCAGCCCAUCACCAAACGCUUUUAUAGACGCUCAGAAGUAGCCGCUCCUAGAUCGAGCAACUCUGAUCUUCACAAACGGGAGAACAAUAUUGUGGUUUUGAAUGCUGAACAUCCUUAUUUGAUUCAAGACCAGUUCAAGAGGGAUGAUAAACAGGCUGCUUCUUUCGAAGAUAACAUGCUGUUGACACGUCAGGACGAUACAUUUAUCAGUUCUCAUCUUGAUGUUAAGCAUUCAUCAGCUCUAGAUCAAUUGGAUGCCCCCACCUUCGCAUUCGAUAGGACAGCCGAGCAGGAUCACUUGCCUCUUGUCAAACGCCAGCAGAUAGGAGACGGCACACCCGAUGCUGCUGCGCCGCCCGGUGAGGAUAGCAGUGGUGAUAAUAAGCAGCAGCCUAACAGCGAUCAGAAAGAAUCCGGACACGACCACGACGAAGAAGAGGAAGACAAUGAUGCCCACAAGUACAUUGGCCUAGCUCUACUCGCUGGCUUUAUCCUCAUGUUUUUGAUUGACCAGAUGGGCCCUACUCAUGCUCACAGCCACAACAGCCACGUGUCCGUUGCAGAUUUCACAGAGUUGCACAACCUUCAAUUGGACGAUAACAAUAUCCGUAUGCCCUCAGCGGUUGGAAUGAAUGGUGGAGGUGGCAAGAAACGAGGCAACCCCAUCACAGUUGGAUUGGUUGUUCAUGCAGCGGCUGAUGGUAUUGCGCUAGGAGCAUCUGCUUCAAGACCAGAGCUCCGCUUUAUUGUUUUCUUGGCGAUCAUGUUACACAAAGCGCCUGCAGCGUUUGGGCUUGCGACAGUUUUGUUGCAACAUGGAUUUUCGCGUCGUCAAACGCGUCAGCAGGUCGCAAUAUUUGCAUUAGCAGCACCUAUCGGAGCAAUUCUAACCUAUAUCUUUAUUCAAAUGGGUGGACAACAUGAUGAGGCACUAUUGCAUUGGUGGACAGGCAUGCUUUUGCUCUUUUCAGGUGGCACGUUCCUCUAUGUAGCUAUGCAUGUCAUGAGUGAGAUGAAUAACUUUGAAAAGUCAGGGUCGUCAGGAUAUAUGGGUGGCCCAGGAGGAGAAAAGGGGUUGUCUAUAGUUGAAGUGUUGUGUGUUGUUGGAGGCAUGGUUGUACCUUUGAUCCUCUCUGUAGAUCAUGAGCACUAGAACAAAGAGUAAUUUAC